GAACAACGUGAUUUAGGUCAAGUGAUAUAUAUGCGUCACACCGUGUGCUAUUCUAGAACGGCCAGACUCUCAUCAAACUGCAGCGCAUAGUUCUCGAUUUUCAAAUCAGCACACUGCUGCUUAAGCACUUAUGUCUUACCGCCCUGACGAAUCCAAUGCGCUGAUCUAUGCGGAGGGCGCAUGGCUGCAGGGGGCCAUCGUCACUGGCGUCCUUUAUGGCGUGGUGAUCGUCCUGUCUGUCAUGUGUUGGCGCUCCCUCUGGCCCCGCGCUCAAUCGCAUGCUACUGGAUACAAGACGAACAGAUUCCUCUUAUGCUAUGUCGCUUUCCUCUUUGUGGUUGGUACGAUAUAUGUAGCGUUCAACGCCCAGAUAACGCAACUGGGCUUUAUUGACAAUCGUUUAUAUCCCGGUGGCCCUAGUGCAUUCGAGGAGGCGACCUCAUCACCUCCACUAAACACCGCUUUCGUGGUUUCGGAUUGGUGUGCAGACCUGUUGAUGAUCUGGCGAUGUACCGUAGUAUACAGAGAUACUGGAAUUUACUUCAUCAUUGUUGGACUUGGAUCUCUUCUGUUCCUCGGAACUCUCAUCACAGGAACCCUCUGGCUUGUUAUUGUCUCAACACCAGUACAAUCCGCAAGCGGCUGGAUGUCCUUUAGCUUGCUCUUCCCAUACCUCUGUUUCUCUCUCGCCAUCAAUAUCUUCAUCAGCCUCCUCACUGUCUUACGCCUUCUAUACCACCGCCACCGUAUAUCCAAAGUCCUAGGCUUAGGCCACGGGGCGAUUUACGCCAGUUUCGCAGCUAUCGUUAUUGAAUCCGCCGCCAUUUACUCGAUAUGUUCGCUUCUUUACCUCAUACCGUAUACUCUCAACAGUCCGAUCUCAUAUGCAUUCAUGCAAUUACUGGGCGAAGCGCAGGUCGUUGCCCCACUCCUUAUUAUCUACCGCAUCGCAGUGGGCAAGGCCUGGACGAAUCGCUCCACCACCCUCAUGGAUGACAACUCCAUCCAGUUGCGGCGGCCGUUGGACUUACCAAAGCCCCCUCCCCCAGCCGCUCCACUGAACGUUGAGAUUUCCUUUCACCAAGAAAUCGCCCGUGAUGAAUCGAUACGCUCUCCCAAGUUACCAUACCCGUUGUUAGAAUCUACGGAAGAUUAUGCGAAUAUGCCCGAUACCUUUGGCAGGGCGAUAUGAGACUUGCGGGGGUGACC